AUGGAGGCCCCCGCCGUGGUGAUCGACAACGGCACCGGCUACUGCAAGAUGGGCUACGCCGGCAACUGCGAGCCAAACUUUAUUAUUCCGUCGGUCAUCGCGACCAAGGAGCCGAAGCAGGCGCGCAAGGACUGGCACGGCGUCGAGGACAUGGACUUCUGGAUCGGCGACGAGGCUCUCUCGCGCGCGGGUGAGUACACCGUCAACUACCCCAUCCGCCACGGCAUCGUCGAGAACUGGGACGCGAUGGAGCGGUACUGGCAGCGCUGCAUGUUCAAGUACCUGCGGUGCGACCCCGAGGAGCACAACUUCCUGCUCACCGAGCCGCCGAUGAACACGCCCGAGAACCGCGAGCUCACCGCGGAGAUCAUGUUCGAGACGUACAACGUGAAGGGCCUCUACAUCGCCGCGGUGCUCGCGCUCGCCGCGUCGUGGACGUCGAAGCAGGUGGUCGCCCGCACGCUCACCGGCACAGUCGUCGACGCGGGCGACGGAGUGACGCAUGUGAUCCCCGUCUCGGACGGGUAUGUCAUCGGGUCGUGCAUCAAGCACAUCCCCCUCGCCGGCCGCGACAUCACGAACUUCAUCCAGCUGCUGAUGCGCGAGCGGGAGAGCGGCAUGCCGGCGCGCGAGCGGGAGAGCGGCAUGCCGGCCGACGAAGCGAUGGAGAUUGCGCGUCGUGAGCAAUACUGCUACGUCUGCCCGGACAUGGCCAAGGAGUUCAAGAAGUAUGACGAGGACCCGAGGCGGUGGGUGCGCGAGACCGCCGGCAACACGAAGAAGGGCAUCGCAUGGAAGGUGGACGUUGCGUACGAGCGGUUCCUCGGCCCGGAGAUCUUCUUCAACCCAGAGAUCUGCAACCCGGACUACACCACGCCGCUGCCGAACGUGAUCGACGCGACCAUCCAGGCCUCGCCGAUCGACUGCCGGCGGGGGCUGUACAAGAAUGUCGUCCUAUCGGGCGGGUCGACGAUGUUCAAGGACUUUGGGCGGCGGCUGCAGCGCGACAUCAAGCGGUGCGUUGACGAGCGGUCGAGAAAAGCGGAGCAGCUGUCUAACGGCCGCAUCAAGCCCACGCCGACCGACGUGAACGUCAUCUCGCACCACAUGCAGCGCUUCGCCGUCUGGUUUGGCGGCUCGAUGCUCGCCUCGACGCCCGAGUUCCACAACGUGGUGCACACGCGGCAGCAGUACGAGGAGUAUGGGCCUUCGAUCUGCCGGCACAACCCUGUCUUCUCGGCCAUCACGAUGUAGCGCCCCCGCGGCCACGGAGAUGGCGGAGGCGCAGAGUCCUGGAAGAAAGGCGCGCAGACAGGGGGGCGUAGCUGUCGCCGUGCCACCACGCCGAUUGGAGCAAGUACAGGGUUGCGACGCGUUUUCACGUUCGGGCGCCCCUCUGCCGGCGCCUCUUCUUUUGAUGUACAAGAGUGUUUGUUGUUCAUUCCUUUCGACUUUUGUGUUUGAACG